GUCAGCAACUUCCAGAACAAUUUCACCUUACGCGCAUAUGUGAAUGGAUUUGUAAUGACGGAAUAAUGCCUCCCCCCGCAUGGGCGCUUCUUGGGGACCAGAAACAAUAACCGACCAACAGACGGACCCCCAGGCCUCAAACCCCGGUUGUCAAAGCGCUCUCUUCCUUUCCUUCCAGCUCUCCCCCACCACCCCGUGAUCAUGAAAGCCGGUCACCUUGUGAUGAUGUGUGCACAGCCCGCCCCUUCCCAGGCGAUGCUCGCCUCUGCUCCGAGAGGAAGGGAGCCGAUCCGAGCGGAGCGGAGCGGAGGGGGGGAGCGCAACGAGCCGGGCCGAGGGUCCGCGGCGGGGCACCCAUGGGCGGCUGUGUGGGCAGUCACCGCGACUCCUCGGGCAGCCUGAACGAGAACUCGGACGGAACCGGAGUCGCUCUGGGACGUAACCAGCCCCUGAGGAGGGAGAAGCCCCGAUGGAAGAGUGACUACCCCAUGACAGACGGGCAGCUGCGCAGCAAGCGUGAUGAGUUUUGGGAUACAGCACCAGCAUUUGAGGGCCGCAAGGAGAUCUGGGACGCUCUGCGGGCUGCUGCCCAUGCCUUUGAGGGCAAUGACCACGAGUUGGCCCAGGCCAUUAUCGACGGAGCCAGCAUAACGUUGCCUCACGGUGCUCUGAGCGAGAGCUACGACGAGCUGGGAAACCGCUACCAGCUUCCCGUGUACUGCCUGGUACCUCCCAUCAACAUGAUCGAGGAGAAGAGCGAGCUCGAGAUGGCGGACGUGCAGGAUCCGCCUCCUAGCACAGGCCAGGAGUGCUGGCUGCGCCUGCGCCUCUCCACAGGCAAAGAUCUGUGGCUGCUGGUUCGCAGCACCGACACGGUGCAGCACAUGAAGAACCGCCUGCAGGUGGAGGAGGGCAUCGCGCCCGGCAGCCAGCGCUGGUUCUUUUCGGGGCGCCCGCUGACAGACAAAAUGAAACUGGAGGAGCUGAAGAUCCCCAGAGACUAUGUGGUGCAGGUGAUCGUCAGCCAGCCCCCCCCACAGACACCCCCACCUGGGGAGAGCUAGAUAUGUGCUGGACACAGGGAGGCACCUAUGGCAGGACGGGCGACACUCCCAGCUAAUGCUGUCCUUUAUUACUAUUGUAAUUAUUAUUAUUGUUAUUAUUAUUACUACUAUUUGUAUAACCGUUUUGGAAUUUGCUUUGGUUUUGUACACCUUUCUCUAAUGUCUUAUACUUCCUAUGGCUGUCUGAGGGAAACUGCACAGCAGCGUUCGAAAGGUCCCGCCCAGAUGAGAGGGGAGACCUUCAGCAGGGUGGGGGCAGUGGGGGCAGGGAUGGCAUAGCAACUGUAGAAAGAUCCGGAAGGAAUUUGCUCCCUUGGACUGUCUGCCUUUUUAUUUUUGUUUGUUUGUUUGCUUUGUUUUCUUUUUAUACACAAAAAUAAACAAAUAUGAAGUUCUGAAGAAUAAAACAAAUGCUUCUUAGGGAAGGAGAA